AUGGAAACAGUUUCUGCAGAGAAAGCAGACGAAAAAGCUGAGCAGCUGCUUCGCAGGGCGAAACAGCUUCGGGAGGAACUACAGGCUGAUGUCAAAGGCCCUGCAGUCACUCGUGUGCAGCCUGCGAAUUGGAGACCCGACCCAGUUGAGUGGUCCACCCGUGCAGUGGCGGAGUUGGAACUCAUUUUGGCAGAGGAUCCCAUGUGCACAGGUGAGAGGGACAAAGAGGAGUCGAAUGGCAGUCGAAAGGAUGAUGAUGACACCCAACGUGAGAGAGAAGAGAAAGUGCCGAUGACAUCGCAGCCACCUUUACCAAUCUCAGAUGUACGCAGUCUGCCUGCUGCCGGAUCUACGCUUCGAGGCUUGGAUGGACUUAACCUAAAGCUCGAAACCCUGGAUCUGACCACCUUUGGACUUCGCAAGAUCAGGGAUGCGGAUGGGAUUUGGCUACGCUGCCGUGUGGUCUUGGGCCAAAGUGCCAAGACGGAAGUGGAGGAAAUCCUUCUCCGAUGUCCAGAAAUUCAAGGACACAGAGUGGAUAUCCAACACUCCUCACAUCAGCAAAAGCAAGCGUCUGUGGAUUGGCAAACCGUGGCAAGUGAACCGCUUCAACUUGGGCUGCUGAUCAGCUCGAAGACAAAAACGAAAGGGCGAGAAUCACGAGAGAAAGGCCACGCCCUGACACCUGUGGCCGAGGCCAACCUGCUGUGGUUUGCUGCCCUGCUGGAACCUGGGGCCACUUGUCCUUUCACCUGCGAGCUGAAGUCUGUGGAGUCCACAGGGGCAAAGAACCCACCGGUUGGACGCCUACACUUUUCGAUGGAACUCACGGUCUCUUCUGCAGGUGAUUCUCCCCAAGGACAAGCUGAUUCCAGCGAAGUUUAUCUUCGAGUGUGGCUGAAUACCGUGCAAGGGUACUUUUCAGGGGCCAGGGCAAUUCUGAAGCUGGGCCCUUCCCAAGAGCUGCUGGGCGCAGAGCUAUGUGGGCUUGCCAAGUUGAUUCUAUCCCAACUGCCACCAGAAUCUUGCCAGAAUAUAGCUUUGCAGGGCUACGAGAAGCUUCUCGAGGGUGAGUUGGAUAUUUUUGCGGUCACGACCGAUCGCAGCAUUGGGAAGCUUCAUGUGUUAGUUCAUGCUGGAUCGCAGGAGGUCUUGCAGGUGCUUCAAGCUCCAGCUCCACCUGAUUGCGAGUUCACACUUGAAGAUGCCGCGGCGGGCAUCAUGAUCCUGGCAUGCCACGACAUUGAAGAACUCGAGCAAAGCAUCACGCAGCAGUUGCAGACGGGGCCACUGAAUCUGCGGGCUUGUGAGCCUGGCCUGACCAAAAAGGAAGCUGAUUCACUUACUGUUUGGAUGAAGGCAGAGACCAGCACAAAUGAAGGCAGCGUUUGGAUGGCUUUAAAACCACGCAUCGAAGCAGCGCAUCAGAGCUUUGACCAGUUGGUGAAGGAUGUGGGAGAGGUUUCAAGCACCUCAGUCGCCCUCGAUUUCCUGGAUGUUGCGGCACCAUCAAAGCUCCAGCGGCAAGACAUUGCCAGGGUCUUAAGACUACGCGGAAUUGAGCUUGGCUGGAAUACCUUGGAAAGUCUUUUCCUCGCUUUGGGGUGCCAGAGUUCACAGGCCCUUCCAGCGGCUUACUUCACUCGGCUGUUCAAAGCAAGAGCCGAGAAGAGGAUCGCAGACAUCGCCACGCUCCGGCAAUUGGAAGGGCAAGUUCUGGCAUGGGCUGGGCAAUUGGAGAGCCCGAGAAAGCUGGUGAAUUCGUUUUCCAAGUCUGAUGGCACCAUGGACCUGAUGGGACUGAAGGUUCUUCUCUCACAGGGGCCCGUUUCGCGGAAUGACCUGGAUCGCCUGGCAGGAUGGCGCUUUGAGGAAUUGGGUGCCCGACCUGGAGGAAGCGUUCCAUCAGAAUCAGUCUUGCAAUGGCUCACGAGGGAGAUUAAAGUGCAGCAGCCAGAGAAAGGAACCCAAGCUUGCCUUCCUAUUGAUGGAAACACUGCCCAACAAGAGCAGGCACAUUUGGACCAGAGGCUGCUAGCCUUUUCUCACAAAAAUGUCAAAGUGGAUGAACCUGGACAUCAACACGAACUCAAUCCCGUUUCCACACACAUCGAGCGAAGCGUCGGAUACCCAGUUGUUCCUACCGAGGUCGCGACUGGAGUGUCAUGGGAGACGGUCGAACGAAAGGAGCGCCUCGAGGCACGCGUCGAGGAACGCGCGGAACGUGCGAGCAUCCAGCUCUCUCAGCCCGUGCGCCGAAUUGAUGAUCUUCAGAAACUGGAGGAGGCGUUUUCGACCUUGCUGAAGCUUCCACUUCACCGGGUGAAGGUCUUCGGAGCGGAAGGUGCAUCCAGGAUUUGUCUCCUGAUUCGUGAGGAAAGCCAUCAAGGUCACCUUGGUCACCCCAAAGGCCUGUCUGCCGAAGCUGCUUUGCGGGAUCUUGCACAGCAGAUGAGAGAUCCAGCCAAGCUGACGGUCAAGAGCUUAGCCAUGCUUAGCCCUCACAAAGUGCAUCCAAGCUGUUGCAUGACACGGGGCGAUACAGUGCGACGCAUCUAA